AUGUUCCUCAAAGGAGUGGAUAUUGGUGUUGGUGAUGUUGUAUUCUUCAAAAAAGGUGAUAAUAGAAAAAGUGACGAACAAUUUGAGGAAGCAGUUGCUGGUGUUGCAUCUGAAGCUGUAAUACAUGUAGCUUUGCUGUAUGAAGAUACCGUUCAGUGGGUGAUACAUGCCACCCGUGAAUCUGGUGUUUGCCAGGAACUUUUAAUUAAUGUAGUAGAAAAGCUACAUCCUGAAAGUUUCGAGGUGUAUCGAGCUCAGGUACCACAAGCAGUGCGUAUCAGUGCAAGUCAGUGGGCAAAAUCUAAACUUGGCGCUAAUUAUAACGAUAUUUUCUCGCCAAAUAUGCGUAACUCUAAAGGUGAUGAAGCAUUCUACUGCUGUCAGUUGAUAACGAAAUCAUAUGAAGCUGCUGGCAUUCAUGAUUUCUGUCCAUCACAUCACUUAAAUUUCAAUGAUUCAAAUGGGGAAAUUUUACCUUUCUGGGAGGAAUACUAUCGGAAGCGCUCAUUACCAGUGCCACAAAAUAUGCCAGGUUCGCAUCCUGCUAAAUUAAUCCAUUCUAAAUAUUUGAAACUUCAUUUCGCCAGAUUUUGCAUGCCGUUAGUAAAAUUCGCCGUUCCGAAGACAAUCGAUAACGCAUUACAUUUCAUACGUGGAUCUCGUGUAGCACUUACGGCAACCGAACAUUUCGAUAUUUAUCAACCGAGAAAUGGUGAGAUAUUAGCGCGGUGCGGUUGUGCUAAAACCGAAGUGAUUGAUGAAGUCGUGAAGGAUGCCUGCGAAGCUCAGAAAUCCUGGAUGGCGUUAAAUGUUCAGCAACGUGGAGCAGUUUUACGUCAGGCAGCUUCUAUCAUACGCAGUGUCGAAGACGACUUAGCAUAUUUGGAAACAAUUGACUGCGGUAAACCAAUUGAGGAAUCACGAUGGGAUAUGAUCGGUUCUGCAGAUACCUUCGAGUUCUUCGGUGGUGCUUUGCAUAAUAUUGCUGGCAAUCAUUUCCCGUUAAGUAACGAUAAUUAUGCGUAUACGGAACGUGUACCAUGGGGUGUUGUUGGUGCAAUUGGUGUUUGGAAUUAUCCAAUGCUGACAGCAUCGUGGAAAAUUGCGCCAGCAUUAAUGUGUGGUAACGCAGUGCUCUACAAACCAUCACCUUUUGCACCCAUAACUUCUGUAGUAUUAGCCCAAAUCCUUCAAGCUGCAGGUCUUCCUGAUGGUGUACUAUCCGUUUUACAGGGUGAAGGUGAAACAGGUCAAGCGAUAUGCGAACAUGGAGGAAUUAAUAAGGUCACAUUUACUGGCAGUACCGCAACUGGAUCUAAAAUCCUGGCAUCCUGUAGCUUGUUGGAUCGAAUCAAGCCAGUAACAUUAGAGUUGGGUGGAAAAAGUGCGAUGAUCAUUUGUGAAGAUGCAGAUAUCGAUGUCGCUGUUACAGGUGCUCUCAUGGCCAAUUUUUUCGCUCAAGGUGAGGUAUGUUCGAAUGCAUCAAAAGUCCUCGUACAUGUGUCACGUUAUGAUGAAUUUCGACAAAAGGUUGUAAAACAAACGAAGAACUUGGCGAUCGGUGAUCCGUUAUUAAAGGAGACAAAAAUAGGUGCAACAAUCUCUCGUGAACAUUUAAACAAAGUUAAAACUUACAUCAGUGAAGCUGUACAACAGGGUGCCAAACUGCUAUGUGGAGGUGACGAGGUAAAAGUUAAAGGUCUCGAAAACGGCUAUUAUUUAUCACCUGCUAUUCUGGAUUCCAUCAACGAGCAAAUGAAGAUUUAUAAAGAGGAGGUCUUUGGAGCUGCCAUGUUAAUUAUUCCAUUCCAGAACAACGAGGAUGCUAUUCGUAUGGCAAAUGAUACGCUUUAUGGACUUGCUGCUGGUGUUUUUACGAGGAACUUACAUCUGGCAUAUUCACUGGCUUCAAAACUUCACGCUGGCAACAUUUAUGUAAAUACAUUCAAUAUCACAAAUGCAAUGAUACCUUUCGGUGGUAUGAAACAGUCAGGUUUCGGACGUGAAAAUGGUAUUGCAGCUCUGGAAGCUUUUUCACAGUUGAAAAGUGUGUUUGUCAAUGCAUCUGAGAAGUUGGAUAAUCCAUUUCUGUAG